AUGGCAGUUGUUCAAGUCAAUGCUAAGGCCAGAAAUCUACUCUAUAAUGCUAUAAGUGGAGAAGAAUAUGAAAGAAUAUCCAGUUGUGAUACAAUCAAAGAAAUGUGGGAUAAAUCAGAAGUCACUUAUGAAGGAACCAACAAAGUGAAAGAAACGCAUAUCAAUAUGUUGGUUCAUGAUUACGAACUCUUCCAGAUGAAAGAAGGAGAAUCCAUUGAAGAAAUAUUUGCAAGGUUUAGCAAAAUCAUAAUUUAUCUAAAAGCUUUUGGUAAACCAUAUACAAGUGGUGAUCAACAUUUGAAAAGACUCAUCUCAAGAAAACAACCUAGGAAGAAAACAAUCGCAUUCAAGGCUACAACUGACAGGACAAAAAAUGACAUUGACGAUGAUCCUGAAGCCCUCGAGGAAGAAAUUGCCAUCGUAUCAAGGAACAUGGACAGUCUAAUGAGAAGAUACGGAAACACAAAAAGAGGAAGAAUAUCAUCAAGGCGAACUAGGCAAUACAAUGAGCAGGACAAGAAUGAUGGAAAAUGUUAUGAAUGUGGAAGAUACGGACAUGUACAAGCUAAAUGCCCAGAUCUAAAAAGAAAAGUUGCUAGAGGAUUUAACAAGAAUAAAUCAUUUGGAAGUUGGAGUGAUGAAGACGUUUCAGAACUAGAAGAAAUAGCAAAUUUGUGCUUCAUGACAAUUCUGGAAAAUGACAUAAACAAACUUUUAGGCUGCUGGACAGAUGAAGUUGUUUCAGAUGACGAAUGCAAGGAUGAAAAUAAAAACUGUUUUAUGGAUAUUCUUGACCUCACUUUAAAAGAGUCUCAAAAGUUGAUGAAUGAACUAAAGAGACUCAACAUGGAAAAGAAAGACUGGAAACUCAAGCUUGAAGCGACUUACAAGUUAACAGAAAAGGGGCCAACCAGAACAGAGUACACAAGCACUAGUGGAAGAUCCAAAAAUGGAUCACCUUCUGAACACCAUAGAAAGAGCCGCAAAGAAAAAUGGUACCUAGAUAGUGCGUGUUCCAGCCAUAUGGCAGGUGAUAAAAACCUGUUCAAAGAGGUCACUAAAAUAAAUGGUGGAAGUGUUAAAUUUGGAGAUGACUCAAAGGGGAAGAUAGUUGGCACUGGCACAGUCCCAUUCAAUAACAACUGCAAUAUCAUUGGAGUCUAUCUCGUAGAUGGACUCAACUAUAAUCUGCUAAGUAUAAGCCAACUGUGUGGUUCCGAAUAUGAGGUAAAAUUCAGGAAAAUAGGUUGUGCUAUUGAAGAUGAUUCAGGUAAAAUAAUCAUUCCAGGAAAAAGAACUUCUAGCAUAGGAGGAAAACGAUAUGCAUUUGUUAUUCUUGAUGACUACUCAUUUUUUACAUGGGUGAUUUUUCUAUCUCACAAAGAUGAAGCUUUGAAAAACUUUGAGAUCUUUUGUAUAAGAGUUGAACGAGAAAAGGGAUAUCUUAUUACAACCAUUCAAAGUGAUCAUGGAGGAGAAUUUGAGAGCAGAGCAUUUGAAGAAUUCUACAAUGAUCAAGGAUACACUCACAAUUUCUCAGCCCCAAGAUCACCUCAAUAG